CUUCCUGUUCCAAACCACGUGGACGCGCCUGGGGCUGCGGGGCUGCGGGAGGGAGCCCGGGCCGCCACUGCCGCUGUCGCCGUCGCCGCCGUCGCCGCCGUCGCCGCGAUACCCGCGCCCGUCCAAAGUCGCCUCGCCCCGGCCGCCCGCGCCGUUGCAGAGGGCGUGCACAUGGCGACCCAGGCGCACUCCCUCAGCUACGCGGGCUGCAACUUCUUGCGCCAGCGUCUGGUCCUGUCUACUCUGAGCGGGCGCCCUGUCAAAAUUCGAAAGAUUCGGGCCAGAGACGACAACCCCGGCCUCCGAGAUUUUGAAGCCAGCUUCAUAAGGCUGUUGGACAAGAUAACUAAUGGUUCUCGAAUUGAAAUAAACCAAACAGGAACCACCUUAUAUUAUCAGCCUGGCCUCUUGUAUGGCGGUUCUGUGGAACAUGACUGCAGCAUCCUUCGCAGCAUUGGGUAUUAUCUGGAAAGUCUUCUCUGCCUGGCUCCAUUUAUGAAGCACCCGCUGAGAAUAGUUCUGCGAGGAGUGACCAAUGACCAGGUGGACCCUUCGGUUGAUGUUCUUAAGGCAACAGCACUCCCUCUAUUGAAACAGUUUGGGAUUGAUGGUGAAUCGUUUGAGCUAAAGAUUGUGCGACGGGGAAUGCUCCCUGGAGGAGGAGGCGAAGUGUUUUUCUCAUGUCCUGUAAGGAAGGUCCUGAAGCCCAUUCAGCUCACAGAUCCAGGAAAGAUCAAACGUAUCAGAGGAAUGGCGUAUUCGGUACGCGUAUCACCUCAGAUGGCAAACCGGAUUGUGGAUUCUGCAAGGAGCAUCCUCAACAAGUUUAUACCCGAUAUCUAUAUUUACACAGACCACAUGAAAGGAGUCAACUCUGGGAGGUCUCCGGGCUUUGGACUGUGGCUGGUUGCUGAGACCACCAACGGCACCUUCCUCAGCGCUGAACUUGUCUCCAACCACCGGGGCCAGGGGGCAGCGGUGCUUCCCGAGGACCUCGGCAGGAACUGUGCCAAGCUGCUGCUCGAAGAAAUCCAUAGGGGUGGAUGUGUGGACUCGACCAACCAAAGCCUGGCUCUGUUACUCAUGACCCUUGGACAGCAGGACGUUUCCAAAGUCCUUCUCGGACCGCUCUCUCCCUACACGAUAGAAUUUUUGCGGCAUUUGAAGAGCUUUUUCCAGAUUAUGUUUAAAAUUGAAACCAAGCCAUGUGGUGAAGAACUCAAGGGAGGGGAUAAAGUGCUGAUGACAUGUGUUGGCAUUGGCUUCUCCAACCUCAGCAAGACCCUCAAGUGACACUGUCACAAGAUGAAAGGCCCCAAGGCCUCUAGACACAGCAGAAGCUGCCAAGGAACCGAAGGGACCAAGUUCAUCCAGGACAGGAUGGCCUCUUAUAUUAAGGACUUUAAAAAUUUUCCAUUUAAAAACCAUCAGCAUGUCCGAAUAAAAGAUGUCUCUCUA